GAUGGGCUUGUGGGUGUGACUAAAAGAUUCAAAUUGGCCAUGCCAGAGAAAGACUAGGCAGUGAGCAACACUGAACAAAGAGCAAUUAAAAAGAUAGUGGAGUGAGAGUGAGAGUGUGGAAGAGGGAAGCAACAGAAAGAGAAGAAUUGGAAUAAAUGCAGCAAUCGGUCUGCUUUCUCUCUGUCUCCUCCUGCUUCUACUUCUUCUGGCGCCCCACCCGCUGCACCCGUUGCUCAUGUCACUUUGUAAACCAAUGAGAUAGCAAUAAAAGCGAAAAGACGACGGAGCACCCCGCAGCAGCGAUUCGAUGUUGUGCUUAUGAGCUAGCAGUCAAAACGACGGCAGCCGAGGGACUAGGAGGAAAGCCAAUGUCUGGAUUGGAACGUGACCAACAGCAACAAAGAGUAGAGCAGGUGAAGCAGCAGUGAAUAGAAAAGGAAACAACGGCAAUUUAGCCAGAUUGACGGAUCACCUCUUUGUUUAGCUAGAUCCUCAAGCGUGAGAGACAUAUUGGACACAGAGAGAGAGAGAGAUAGAGACACUCGCUUGGCUGGCGUCUAUAAAGUGUAAAUUGGCGUUGUUAUCUUAUGUUAAUUGAACCUAGAUCAUCAACGUGCACUGCCAUUAAUUUUAAACAUAAUUAUACAAACAAAAAUUAUCGUAAUUAGUAGAUUAAAACUUAAAGGAUCAGCACUUCAAAAUGUCCAACUCCCACUACAAUAACUACCAACAGCAGCAGCAGCAGGCUCAGCACUCCUCGUCGAACGGCGAUGAGUAUCAGCAUCAGCACCAGCAGAUGGUUCACCAUCCUCAGCGGUACAUGAAUGGACACGGAAUGAAGACCGUGGCAGUGCCCGAUAUGUGUCUAUUCUGUUUCGAAGUUCUCGACUGCGAGCUAAACAACAUCGAUGGCCCGGGAGUUCCAAUGUUUAGUAAUGAUGCUUAUCCCUUGUUUGUUACCUGGAAGAUUGGGCGUGACAAGCGAUUGCGCGGCUGUAUUGGUACCUUCAGUGCCAUGGAACUGCAUAACGGACUGCGCGAGUAUGCCCUAACCAGUGCUUUCAAGGACUCUCGUUUUGCCCCGAUCUCACGCGAGGAACUGCCCCGGCUGACUGUCUCUGUCUCUAUACUGCAGAACUUCGAGGAGGCUCAGGGCCAUUUGGAUUGGCAGCUAGGUGUCCAUGGCAUACGCAUCGAAUUUCUCACGGAGCGUGGCUGCAAGCGCACAGCUACCUAUUUGCCUCAAGUGGCCACCGAACAAGGCUGGGAUCAGUUGCAAACUAUUGAUUCAUUGCUCCGCAAGGGCGGCUAUCGGGCUGCCAUUACCCAGGAGAUGCGCAAAUCCAUCAAAUUGACCCGCUAUCGUUCACAGGAGAUUCAAAUGCAGUAUAAGGAGUAUCGCGAACACUUGGAACGCCGGGGCGUCCAAUUUGGCAAGGUGCAGUGCUAACAAUUAGAAAAGCCGGCAGCGCGGCAAUGAUCCUGGCUGAGGGCAGGUGUGGUGAUCGUUGUGCUCCUGCUGCUACUGGCCUUUGAAUUGAGCCAGGGCAUUGGAUUGCUUACCCGCAUGUUGCCCUUCCCCUAAGAAGCCCUUCUCAGCUUGGAUUCGCCACGCUUGCCUAACUCGAGUUUUAAAUACCCUCAAAUUCGCACUCCUGCCCUUAAAAAAAACAAAACAUAGAAAGUGUCGUAAAGUUUAUCGCUAUUUUGUUUACAUUUAAAGUUAAAUGCUUAAUACUUACUUAAUAAUUGCCGCCCAUUUCCAUCUAAAGGCAGCGCAUUUUAAAGCAAUUUGAGACGAUUACGGUAUACAUAUGUAUGUUUGCCGUUCAUAUAUUGAAACAUGUAUAACCUAAGCUCCAAUUCUUAAAGUUCGUUAUAUUUCAUUUCUAUUAUUGAUUGUGACCACCAGUUGGAUUUCAAAAUUCAAUCAAAAACCCUAAAACUAAAUAAAAUAUAUAGAAUAUAUAUAUUGCAGAAUCGAUACAAAAAAAAAUACAUAAAUCAAGAAAAAAAAAACGUUCAACAAUUAUAUUAAUAGUUUUAACAAUUACAAACAAAUUAUAAUUACUAAUUCUAAUUCAAUGCGCAAUAAAUAAAUAUCGACCUCUGUAGUCGUGCCAGACAAUGCGAAAGCGGA